GGAGAAGGCGGUGGUCCGCCAUUUCGUGGACGCCGGGUGAGCGAUAACGUUGGUUGGUGUUGGGCUGGAGGAAAGCGGGAAGACUCAUCAGAGCGUGUGGAUUUGAGCCGCCGCAUUUUUUAACCCUAGAUCUCGAAAUGCAUCGUGAUUCCUGUCCAUUGGACUGUAAGGUUUAUGUAGGCAAUCUUGGAAACAAUGGCAACAAGACCGAAUUGGAACGGGCUUUUGGCUACUAUGGACCACUCCGAAGUGUGUGGGUUGCUAGAAACCCACCCGGCUUUGCUUUUGUUGAAUUUGAAGAUCCCCGAGAUGCAGCUGAUGCAGUCCGAGAGCUAGAUGGAAGAACACUAUGUGGCUGCCGUGUAAGAGUGGAACUGUCGAAUGGUGAGAAAAGAAGUAGAAAUCGUGGCCCACCUCCCUCUUGGGGUCGUCGCCCUCGAGAUGAUUAUCGUAGGAGGAGUCCUCCACCUCGUCGCAGAUCUCCAAGAAGGAGAAGCUUCUCUCGCAGCCGGAGCAGGUCCCUUUCUAGAGAUAGGAGAAGAGAGAGAUCGCUGUCUCGGGAGAGAAAUCACAAGCCGUCCCGAUCCUUCUCUAGGUCUCGUAGUCGAUCUAGGUCAAAUGAAAGGAAAUAGAAGACAGUUUGCAAGAGAAGUGGUGUACAGGAAAUUACUUCAUUUGACAGGAGUAUGUACAGAAAAUUCAAGUUUUGUUUGAGACUUCAUAAGCUUGGUGCAUUUUUAAGAUGUUUUAGCUGUUCAAAUCUGUUUGUCUCUUGAAACAGUGACACAAAGGUGUAAUUCUCUAUGGUUUGAAAUGGAUCAUACGAGGCAUAUAAUACCAACAAUUGUUACUUUACAAUGUUCCCUUAAGCAAAAUUGAAUUUGCUUUGAACUUUUAGUUAUGCACAGACUGAUAAUAAACCUCUAAACCUGCCCAGCAGAAGUGUGUUUUUUUUUUUUUAAAUACAGAAACAACUGGCAAAAAUUGAACUAAGAUAUACUUUUUUUUCCAUAGCUGGGAUAUAGGCUGCAGCUAUAGUUGAACAAGCAGUCUUUAAAAACUGCUAUGAAACACAGGCCAUCAGGUAAAAACGAAACGCUGCACUAGAGGUUUUUGAAAAAUCCAACUCACUUUCAUCUUGGGCAGAGGUUGCCUAGUUGGUAUAGAAUGUUAAGUUUCAAGAAAGUUUACCUUUGCUUUAGGUCAUAAGUUCCUUAUUUGAUUGCUGUAUAUGAAUACAUGGCUGUUCGUGACAUUCUUUACGUGCAAAUUUGUGAUUUCAAAAAUGUCCUGCCAGUUUAAGGGUACAUUGUAGAGCCAAACUUUGAGUUACUGUGCAAGAUUUUUUUUUUCAUGCUGUCAUUUGUAAUAUGUUUUGUGAGAAUCCUUGGGAUUAAAGUUUUGGUUACAAAUUGUUGUUUAACUUGAAAGCCUGUUUUUCCUUGCAAACUCAAAUCUGUGAGCUUGGUACCAAGUCCAGGUAUAACAUUCCUAUUGGAAGCCAUACUUAUAUUUUCUUGUAAAGUGCUUUUGAAUUAAUAAAAUAUUAGCAUAAUUGUGUAA